GACUUCCCCUGGGCUGAGCUGCGCAGCGGGGUUUUGGCCAAAUUGGGCGAGGGCACAAAAUAACCACUUACCCCUUCUCACCGAGGAAGAACGGGAGAAAGGGUAUGGCACAGUCACAAGGCUGGGUGAGGAGGUAUGCCAAGGCCUUCUUUAAGGGCUUUUUUGUGGCGGUGCCCGUGGCCGUGACUUUCCUGGACCGGGUGGCCUGUGUGGCAAGAGUGGAGGGAGCAUCAAUGCAGCCUUCUUUGAAUCCUGGGGGGAGUCAAUCAUCUGAUGUGGUGCUUUUGAACCACUGGAAAAUGAGGAAUUUUGAAGUACAACGUGGUGACAUUGUGUCAUUGGUGUCGCCUAAAAACCCAGAACAGAAGAUCAUUAAAAGAGUGAUUGCUCUUGAAGGAGAUAUUGUAAAAACCAUCGGCCACAAAAACCGGUAUGUCAAAGUUCCCCGGGGUCACAUCUGGGUUGAAGGUGAUCAUCAUGGACACAGUUUUGACAGUAAUUCUUUUGGGCCGGUUUCUCUAGGACUUCUACAUGCCCAUGCUACACACAUCCUGUGGCCUCCAGAGCGCUGGCAGAAAUUGGAAUCUGUUCUUCCUCCAGAGCGCUUGCCUGUUCAGAGAGAAGAGGAAUGAUGGCAUGGAGCUCCCUCAGCUGCUGGCAUUGGGAGGCCCCCACCACCCAUUGCAGAAGGGGUGGAGAGGAGGAGCCUUCAGAAGGGCAAAGCUUGUUUCAAAUGAAAUGAUCUGCAUUAUUAAAGAGUUUUAAAGUAUUACAUAGUAUUAAAUAGCAACUGAUUUUGUGUUUAAUUGUAAUACCCUAUUGUUUAAUGCCAAAAAAUUGCAGACCUUUGGGAAUAUGAAAAUUAAUGUUUGAUGAAAAUAAUUUAGUAAUGUCAUUUACUCUUAAGUGAGAACACGAAGAAACAUAGUGAUGGGAAUUAUAUUGCAAUUGACAGUAUAUACAAUGCAGGGACUCCUGGUUAAGAAGAACAGUACACUGUGAUGUAAAAAUAAAACAGUGAUUUCCUCAGG